AUGUCCCCGUCCGGAGGCGAGACAAGCGGGCGUGCUGGUGACAAAGACAAUCCUGAGUGCCGACAGGUGGACCGACCAUCGUUUCGUCAUCUUCAAGAUGCGGAUUCGCCUACAGCCUCGCAGGAGACCUCAGGGUAAACGAUCCCCAAGUAAGCUGAGUAUUGCUUUUUGUCUUUGCAUGCUCACCAUUUCCAUUACAGCAAGGAGCUAGCUCAGCGACUAGCCAGCCUUAAAGUCGGCGCUGCCGCCACCAACGACGACGACGAGAACACCACCGUGGAGAACCGAUGGGACCAAGUGAGGAACACGAUUCAGUCAACCGCCCUGGCUGUCCUCGGCCGCGCACGUCGUCAACAUCAAGAUUGGUUCGACGAUAACGAAGCUGCCAUCAGCAUCCUACUCACCGAGAAGUACCGCCUGCACAAAACCUAUAUCACGCGCCUACCUACGACAACAAAGCAGCCUUCUACCGUAGUCGUCGUCUUGUGCAACAGCGGCUGCGGGAUAUGCAGGACUUUUGGAUUGAUCACAAGGCCGAGGGGAUCCAAGGUUACGUGGGUCACAAUGAAUGGAAGAACUUCUUCUCCGCGAUAAAGGCUGUCUCCGGUCUCACAGCCAAAGGAACCGCUUCUCUUCUCAACGCCGAUGGAACUACCCUCACCGAAAAGGCUCGAAUUUCGAAUCAAUGUGCUGAAAACUUCAGAGACAUCAUCAACCGUCUCUCUACCAUCUCCGAUGCCGCCAUCGCCCGUCUGACACAAGUGGGUGACCAACGCCGACCUCGACUGACCGCCCGCUCUCUCUCCGCGAAACCGUUAGGGUCGUGCAGGAACUCACCAGCGGGAAAACUCCAGAAUCAGACGCGAUCCCUAUUGAGACUUACAAGUACGGCGGUCCCCGACUUAUGGAUCACCCGACAGCGCCCUUCCGGAGGACGUGGCGCCAAGAACAUGUCCCUCAGGAUUCUGAGGAUGCCGCAAUCGUCCAUCUCUACGGACGGGAAGGGAACCGCCGAAUUUGCGACAACCACAAAGGAAUCUCAUUGCUCAAAAUCGCCGGAAUGA